AUUUUCCGUAGAAACUGAUACAAAUUGUUUAUCAGUUUGUCAAAAUGCAGUGGAUAAACCAAAUCAUUGUAUUAUUUUCUAUCAUUGAUUUUCCCAUAGCGCUUUCAGAAACUCCUUCUGAGGCCCUGAUGCGAUACAUACAAACUGACAAGCAAGCAGGAGAAAAAGCUCUUAACGAAACACAAAUUCAAGAAAAGGUUACUGCAAACAUCUUAAAUGACGUAUACCAGAAAGUUAUUUCAGAUUUUUCCUGGAUAAUUGAAGAUAUCAACGAACAAGUUCAGUUGCUUCAAGAUGAACUUAAUUAUGCAGGAAUAACAAACUCCAUUUGUCAGCAAGAGAUAGACAAUCUUCUGAAUAGUGACUUGAAUCUAACACUGUUUUCCAAAGUUGAUAAGGAGAAAAUUGAAAUAUAUGAUAAAAUUCUCAGUUACAUUGUAGAGGCAGGAACUAACAAAAUUGAUUUAUAUCAUUCUCAAGUUACCAAAACGUGGACUGAAAUGGUCAGCUGUCAAGGAUCAGAAAAUCCUGCUACAUGUAUUCCAACAAUCUUCGAAUACAUACAGGAACGAAUUCAGAAAUGUCCACAGGAAUAUGAAGAAGCUGUUCAAGGUUUACAGGCUGAGAUGAAGGAACACGAAAAUGCCUACAAAAAUAGAAGUGUCGCUUAUGUGGAAGAAAUGAAAGGAACUCUGAAACCGUUGGUAACUUUGAUGAAGACCUGUGUACAUUUAGAAAUGAGUAGGACCUAAAACCGUCAGUGAAUGGGACAGAUUUUAAUAUAUCCUUCAAAUGAAUCAAAUGCCCACGUAUGUAAUCAUUUCCAAAUAAAAUGCCGUUUCACGAA